GAAGUUCAAAUUUACUCAAUUUAGAUUUUGAAAGCGAUCGAGAGCAAAGCGAGUUGCAGAAUAAUUAAAAUGACAAUUUAUUAUUGUAAACAAAUGGUAGAUAUUUUAUCAAUGAUUUUUGUCAUUUGUCAUCGAAAAAAGGCUUUGUGAAUCGCCCCCACUGGUCAUUUAAUAAGGGGAUGAAGUGACAGAAAAGUGAUCAAAUUAGCCGAGGGUGGCUUUUAGAGAUGAUCCCCUGCGGACGUAAUCACAUUUGUUCGUUUCAUCCAAGUAAUUUAUUAAACAAGUUAAGCCAUCCUUACGAUUGGAAGACAGGAGUGAAACGUCAUCAUGGUCACACUCGAGCUCAUGUCUGCAACGGCUGAUUGAUAUCCGACUAGCCUGACGCUGGGCGCUUCGUUGAACUUGCCACACGCAUUCAGGCACCCGAACACAGGCUGAAGAAACAAUAUGCCUCGAAGAGCAGUCAGCUUAAGGAGAACGAUCCUAGACGAAACAUUAACCAGAACUAAAAGAUUAGCUUAUCACAAAUGGCAAAUUAUUAUGUCGGUUUGGACUCGGUUUGAUGGGCGACUGAUCAUGUACGGGGUACAUUAGGGCAAUCAGGACUCGUUGAUGCGAAUUAUUUAACGAAGGCUACGGUUUGGAGCCUCUCUUGAAAACAAACUGCACAUGGCCCACCUUGUGAAUAGGUUUAUGUUGGCGGUUGCUGUACGCUGAUAUUAUGUUAUUUUUCUUAACUAGGAAUAGACCAACGAUUUAACCUUCAAUUUACGAGUGAAUCAUUGGAAAUUAUUCAACUACUUACUGAACCUGAUACAUGAUCCUCGAGACUUUCGACAUUCAAGCUUUGCAAAUUGCAAAGUGGUAUAUCUUUUCCCGGGGACAUUUGUAAUUCUUCACCGAGUCUCACUUUUGCUCCAUGAGUGUCAUUGGUGCUUAUUAUUAACCAUAAGUUCUAUUAUUGGAUCAAAUAUUUUGCUAUCCUUAUCAUUCAUGUUUGACAGAUGGAAAGGGUGACAUGUGCCUCAGCCUCAGGAAUGAAUCACAUUUGAACAUCGCCGUGACGCAGUUCAUAUAAUUUGAUUUGGAUAGAGAACUGCACAUCUUCAGCAAGUGUUCACAUUAGAUUUCACUCGUUACCAGAAAACAAGUUUAGUGUGUUCUCAAAGGUCACUGGACGCGGCUGCUGGGAUUUUCCAAACUCUUAUGAUGAAUCUUCGUUACAUACUUUGAUCAAGGAUACACGCACGUACCUCAACACGCCUAUAACUGUACCUCAGCACCACGGUUUUACUUUCACCCUUUACGAGAAGUCAGGGUUUUUCUUUACCCUGAACAUUCACAGCUUGUCGCCUUCUAUAUAUUUUCGUGACAAAAUUACUUUAUGAGGAAUCAUUAUAAUCGGACAAAAGAAUUCCUGAAGUAAUGUAAUCCCAUAACUGAUGAUAAUAUACUCAGAAGUGUAUAUCUUUGCGAUUUACCCCACUCUCUACAGGGAUCAUUUGCUUCUGAAUGUUCACAGGGCGUUGCUGUAGACUCUAGAAUUGCCUCAUGCCCAAAUUGCAUAUCCGACAAUGAUGGAUUCUUACAAUACUACCACAGGUAUAUCUGAAGUACAACAUGAUAUAUCAUAUGUUCGCUAUGUGUUGGUCAGUGUCUUCUUUCUGCCGUGUGCCAUUGUCAUUUUUGUCGGAAACACCUUUGUCCUGUUGGCGUACAAGAGGGACAAACGGAUCCGGAGAAAUACAACCAACGCCUAUAUUCUCAACCUUGCUGUGGCCGACCUUCUUGUGAGUGUCGUCAUGGCAAUUCAUUUUCCUUUAUAUCUUACAGGUAAGUGGGAGUUUGGCGGGGCGUCUUGUAUCAUCUUCAUGGUGCUGGACUACACAGUGACGGACAUGUCUGUAAUGACGAUCAUCGCCAUCAGCGUCGACAGGUACCUUAUGGUGCACAAUUCCCUUCGGCAUCUAUCGAGACAAUCCCACAAGAGGGUAGCCAUCAUUUGCAGUAUCCUCUGGAUAAUCUGUCUAGCUACCCAGUCGACUCUAGCCUUCACCUACUCAUCAAGGACAGGAUUCGUGCAUGAUGAGAACAGAAUAGCCACAUGCGACAUUGGGUACGGAAAGAAUCUGGGCGUCAUCAUUAUGAUGUUCUUGGUGGAGUUCCUGGUUCCUGCCAUAUGCGUCUUCGCCCUGAAUCUCAAAGUGUAUUAUCGUUUGAAGAGACGUACCGACAUGCUCCAAACCAGGCAAGGUCGAGACCACCUAGUAUCAUAUGCAGCUCCCCUGGAUGAUAGAGCGUCUCAGACGACCUUCUCGGAAAACAAUUACAUGCGGAUUCAUGGAAGCGCAUCAGGUUCUCAACACCAAAAAGCGGCAAGAUUCUUGGCAUUGCUUCUGAUUGUCUUCACAAUAUGCUGGUUGCCCUACUAUAUCAACGAUUGCUAUACGUAUUUCCAUCUAUCCGGUGCUCGUAAUGAAGCGCUUACCCAUCUCGUGGUAUUCAUUCUGUGGAUGAAUUCUGCCAUAAAUCCAUUCUUGUACGCUUUCACCAACGUCUUCUUCAAGGAGAAUUUCAAGCAGUUUCUGAGAUGCAAGUAAUUAAAGACAACGAGUUUGGUUAAAAAAAAGACUCUCUUUUUAGUUCAAAUCACAGACAAAUUUAAUAUGCAGAGAUUAUUGGUUUCUUCAUGAUAAAAGAAUGAACUUACGCUCCACAAUAUUGUAUUCAUAUUUUGUCUUAAGUUAUUCAUCUUUGUUUUCAUAACCUUUGUUUCUAAUGAGUGCGCGUGUGUGUAAUUGGGUUUUUACAGACGUCUAUCGAUCAGAUAUGAUUAUUUACGUCUGCUAUGUUUGUUUGACUUCAAUUUGUUCUUAUGAAGUAUACAGACAGUGGCGGUACAAGGCUGGGGGCUUAGGGGCACGGCCCCCACCCCUGGCAAAAAAAAAGUUUA